UUCGUAUUUCCUAUGCAGUCUAUGGCAGAAGUCCUUGCAAAGAAGGAAGAGUUGGCAGAUCGCCUGGAGAAGGCAAAUGAAGAAGCUAUUGCUAGUGCUAUUGCAGAAGAGGAGCAAUUAACUAGAGAGAUAGAAGCAGAGGAAAACAAUGACAUUAAUAUAGAAACUGACAAUGAUAGCGAUUUCUCUGCAUGUAUGGGCAAUGGAAGCAUAUCUUUUUGCGGUAUAUCUAUGGACUGGAAUGAUGUCUUGGCAGAUUAUGAAGCCCGUGAAUCGUGGCGCCAGAGUAAUUCUUGGGGAGACAGAGUGGAAGAAGAGCCUGCACGCCCGCCUGGCCACGGAAUACACAUGCAUGAGAAACUGUCAUCGCCCUCACGCAAAAGAACAAUAGCAGAAUCCAAGAAGAAACAUGAAGAAAAACAAAUGAAAGCUCAACAGCUGAGAGAAAAGUUACGUGAAGAAAAGGCACUGAAGCUUCAGAAAUUAAUGGAGAGGGAGAAAGAUGUACGGAAAUGGAAAGAAGAACUAUUAGAUCAAAGGCGCAGGAUGAUGGAGGAAAAAUUGCUCCAUGCAGAGUUCAAACGUGAAGUGCAGCUACAAGCAAUUGUGAAAAAAGCACAAGAGGAGGAAGCUAAGGUAAAUGAAAUUGCUUUUAUAAACACCUUAGAAGCUCAGAACAAACGUCAUGAUGUGCUGAAUAAAUUAAAAGAAUAUGAACAGCGCUUAAAUGAAUUACAAGAAGAGCGUCAACGAAGGCAAGAGGAGAAGCAAGCACGUGAUGAAGCUGUUCAGGAGCGUAAAAGAGCUCUGGAAGCAGAACGCCAGGCUCGGGUUGAAGAGCUGCUGUUGAAAAGGAAAGAACAAGAAGCACGGAUUGAGCAGCAGAGGCAAGAGAAAGAGAAAGCACGGGAAGAUGCAGCACGGGAAAGGGCCAGAGAUCGAGAAGAGAGAUUGGCAGCUCUAACUGCAGCUCAACAAGAAGCCAUGGAAGAACUGCAGAAAAAGAUUCAGCUGAAGCACGAUGAAAGUAUUAGAAGGCACAUGGAACAAAUUGAACAAAGAAAAGAGAAAGCAGCUGAAUUGAGUAGUGGAAGACAUGCUAAUACUGAUUACGCACCGAAACUCACACCGUAUGAGCGCAAAAAACAGUGCUCGUUGUGCAAUGUAAUGAUUUCAUCAGAAGUGUACCUUUUUAGCCACAUUAAAGGGAAAAAACACCAACAAGCUGUGAGAGAGAACAGUAGCAUACAAGGACGGGAGCUUUCAGAUGAAGAAGUGGAGCACCUGUCAUUAAAAAAGUACAUUGUGGAUAUUGUGGUUGAGACUUCUGUUCCUGUGGAGCCAUUAAAAGACGGAGAGGAGAAGCAAAAAACUAAAAAGAAAGCCAAAAAGUUAAAAGCACGGAUGAACUCCAGGGCAAAGGAAUAUGAGAGUUUGAUGGGGAAAAAUACCAUCUCUGACUCCCCGUUUAAAGCCAAGUUACAGAGAUUAGCAAAAGACCUUUCAAAGCACCUCCAAAUGCACGAUAGCUGUUCGCUGGGCAACAACAAGGUUUCUGCUCUGGACAGGACUUUAGGAGAGAUCUCUCGCAUUCUGGAAAAAGAGAACACAGCAGACCAGAUAGCAUUUCGGGCUGCAGGAGGACUGACUGCCUUGGAGCACGUUCUUCAAGCAAUGACUGCUCCCACCAAUCUGAACACAGCUUCACGGAUUCCUUUUAAGUAAGUAUGAUUGGCCCUUCC